CAUAAAGCAAAUUCUUGGGAAGUUGUGUAAAAUCACUAAGAGACAUACUCAAGGUCCACAGGGAAUCUCGUAAUCUAUGAGGAGGGAAGUCAUUUAUGAGAGGCUCUGGACUUUCAUUCAUGUGACAAUGUCAGCGUGGAUAUUACUGCUCACUGUGGGUGUGUCUGUCCUGGGACUGUCCUGGGGUCAGCGGACUGAACCCAUGUUUGCCUCAGUAACUCAGAAUGUUUUCCCGCCGGACUAUGAGAAUAACCCUACGCAGCUCAACUACGGCGUGGCUGUCACUGACGUGGAUGGAGACGGAGAUCUGGAGAUGUUUGUGACAGGCUACAAUGGCCCAAAUCUGGUGUUGAAGUACGACAAGUUUAAGAAGAGGCUUGAUAACAUUGCAGUUGACAACCGCAGUUCUCCAUAUUAUGCACUCCGAGAUCGACAGGGCAAUGCCAUCGGAGUGACAGCAUGUGACAUAGAUGGUGAUGGCAGAGAGGAAAUUUACGUCCUUAACACUAAUAACGCCUUCUCAGGGAGAGCAACGUACACUGACAAGCUCUUUAAGUUUCGUAAUGGGCGGUUUGAGGAUCUCCUGAACGAUGACAUAAAUGAACACAGAGACGUUGCCAAUCGUGUGGCUGGCCGGUCAGUCGCAUGUGUGGACAGAAAGGGAAUAGGCCGUUAUUCCAUCUACAUUGCCAAUUAUGCCAGCGGAACUGUAGGUCCACAUGCUCUGAUUGAAAUGGAUGAAAGCUCAAGUGACCCUUCCAAGGGAAUCAUUGCACUGUCAAACGUGGCUGAGCAGGCCGGAGUCAACAAGUUCACAGGGGGACGGGGGGUCGUGGUUGGUCCCAUCCUCAGUCAGACCCUACCUGAUAUUUUCUGUGACAAUGAGUACAGCCCUAACUUCCUGUUUCGCAACAACGGAGAUGGUACAUUUACAGAGGUGGCAGCACAAGCGGGAGUUGAUGACCCGAUGCAGCAUGGCCGUGGAGUGGCGUUAGCAGAUUUUAAUCGGGAUGGGAAGACUGACAUUGUCUAUGGAAACUGGAAUGGACCACAUCGUUUAUUCUUACAACUCAGCAAUAAUCGCAAGCAAAGGUUUAAGGACAUCGCCACACAGAAGUUUUCCAUGCCAUCUCCUGUUCGCACUGUCAUCACAGCCGACUUUGAUAAUGACAAUGAACUGGAGGUUUUUUUCAACAACAUUGCCUACAGAGGACCAUCAGCCAACAGACUGUUCAGAGUUUCUCGGAGAGAACACGGAGAUCCACAGAUCGAGGAGCUGAACGUCGGGGAGGCCGCCGAACCAGAGGGACGGGGAACCGGGGCAGCUGUGACUGAUUUUGAUGGAGAUGGACAGCUGGAUCUUCUGGUGACGCACGGGGAAAGUGCAGCUCAACCCAUCUCAGUGUAUCGAGUCACUCAGGGCUCAUCUAAUAAAUGGCUCAGAGUGAUUCCACGCACACAGUUUGGGGCUUUUGCUCGUGGGGCAAAGGUGAUAGUCUACACCAAGCGAAACGGCCCUCACAUGCGCAUUAUAGAUGGAGGAUCAGGGUACUUGUGCGAGAUGGAGCCAGUGGCUCACUUUGGACUCGGGAAAGAUGUGGCCACCAGUGUGGAAGUGUUCUGGCCAGAUGGACGUUCUGUGGCGAGAGCUCUGGAGCCCAGCGAUAUGAACAAAGUGAUGGAGAUCUAUUACCCUGAGAACGAGGAAGAGGCGACCCAAGUGGUGGAGAUCGAGUGUGGACCAGGAUUUGAGGUCAAUGAAAAUGGCCGUUGCACUGACCAAGACGAGUGCACACAGUUUCCGUCCGUCUGUCCCUCUGAGCGACCCGUCUGCACCAACACCUACGGGAGCUUCAAGUGCCGUGCAAACAAGAGGUGUAACCAGGGAUACGAGCCUAAUGACGAAGGGACAGCAUGUGUAGGUGCUCACCUCUGGCCAUUACUGGGCGACCAGCCAGCAAGGUAGACGAGAGACGUGGUACCAGACACAACGCUGAAAGACAUCUCACUCAGGUGAGCUUCUCAUCAGGAUGAUUUUUAUUAAAAUUUUCCAUUUAUUAAAGGUACAUGGUUUCUUGAGAAGUGAUAAUGACUUAAUGUUACAGAAAGAGAUGAAUAUAUCUCUCUGUGCUUUUUUUCUCCACAUUGUAAAGUAUGGUUCUGUGACACUAGCAAAAGUAGAGUUUUGACCUGUAGUUGACUUUACUACAAAAUGAUAUUGCAUUGCUUUUCGCACAUUUCACAGCACUUUCAAAGACCAAUGUCCAGUGAGACGCACUAAAAGCACUUAUAGUUUUUUUUAGAAACCGAUGAAGUGAAUGUGGCAACAUUUUAUUACGUUGGUUGUUGUACAUAUCGUGGUAGGUGAUUCGUUCUAAAAGGUUAAUGCUCUACUGCAUUUGAAAAUAACGUACCAGCUACACUAAACCCACCUUAAACCUUUAUAAUAGUGUGAACAAAAGCAACAUGAGAUCAAAACACAUUUGCAAAUCUUUGAGCUCUUUUAUUGAGCUUUGUUACUUGUGUUUCACAAAAUGUGUACCGUGCUAUGCAUUGCAAGUGCAGUGCUGUACCGGGUGAGCUACAGAGCAAGUUUAUUAAUAUAAGAAAAGCCAUAAAUAUGGAGCUGGUUAUUAAUCAUUCACUAUGGUAAAAGUGUUUUAAGGUCAUAACAUCUUUAUUUAUUGAUAAUCUGCCCCUGUAGUCAUAAUUUGUGUGAAAAGUUGUUGGCGUUUAAUGGCACUAGUGUUCAUUUCAGCUGGAGAAUUGUGUAUAGCUACGUUUUCUAACAAAAAUGUUGGUGCUGUAGAGGCAUGUUUUUCAAACAAGCCUAUAUUGCAGAAAAGCAUAAAAUACACCAUAGUGCCAAAGUUAUAAGAACACCAUCUUCAAAAAUAAAUGGGAAUAGCCCUUUAAUUCCACUGAAAACAAAUUGUCUUAUAUUAAUAACCAUGUUAUGAUUUAAUGUUUAAAAGCACAUAUGGGAGUGCUCUUUGGGUGUCCACAUACUUUUGGCCAUAUACUGUAUUUGGUGGAGGCAAGAAUAGAUUCAUAGACAAAUUCAAAUCUAUUAUUCAUCUCCUGGCCAGUUCUUCGGUUCUCUCUCGCUGUUCUCUCCUGCUUCACUACUGUGCUUGCACUGAUAAACUAUUGAUGGGGUUGAAAAAGAGAAAAAGAGCGAGCACUUAGAUGUUGAAGAGAAUGGGAAUAAAAUUGGUACUGAUAGCUUGUAUUCUAGAUGGAGGAAUACAGUAACUCGGUUUGGGAGGUCUGAACAUCACUGACUGCCAUUGUUUGCUGCCAUUGGCGUUCCUCACAUUGUAAAUAGGCCAAACCAAAAUGGCUCCUUCUCAUAAAUGAAGCACUUGAGGACACUUGGCUAUGAUGGAUUAAAGAAUUAAAUCUUCUAGACUUUUUCUUCUGAUCUCUGUUGAUUUGUUUGGGCAUUUAUGAAACACACUGGACUGAUUAAAAUAAUUCAAGAAUAGUUUUGGUCAGUUUUCAUGUAAUACUCUUGCUUGAUGUUUUUGGAUAUUACGCAUUCAUUCUUUUUUGACCAAUAUUCACAUUAUUAUCUGGUUAAGAUGAACGUUGUGAAUUACAGGAGGGGUUAGGAAUGUUUUAAGCAGUUUGUGCAAUGUUUUUCAGUCUUGGUGUGUGGCCGAAAGAUUGUUUUUGAAUGGAAGUCAAAGGCAUUGAACAGGUCAACGUCUUCCUCGGAAACAAACAACAUGCUGUAGCCUUGAAUUAGACCCUCCCUUUCAUAACAUUGCUAAAUGUAUCUGACAACAGAGCUUAUUGCAAAAGCACAUAUUUAGAUUCAGUGUACACUAGAUGUUGCAUCCUACAACAGACACAACACAUUCAGCACUAGUCUUUGAAGUCGAACACCGUUAGCCAAAGCCAACAUGGACGGCUUUUGAAAGGACUGAUCCAAAUUCAGCCAAAGCAUAAUAUUUGCAGACACUAAAUCCAGCCAGAAAUGAAAGAAACGUCAUGCAGGCUGUAUUGUGUUCAUCCUGUCUUAUGAAAGCUCUGCAGGCUGAGUGUUUAAAUAAUAAAUGAAAUGUGCCAUGAAGAUUGAAAGGAUCAUGUUCACAAUUAAACUGCCAUGUAACAAUCAGAAGCAUGAAGAAUUGGAGUUUUCCCUCUGUUAAGAUCUUAUUCACACUCUGUACUGAAUGUUCUGCACAUGUUAAUGUGAUCACAUCAAAAUCAGCCACAUUAAAGGGGGAAAAUUAAACGAAGACACAUUGUGCUCAGAUCACUGGAUUUGAAGACGGUGUAAAUACAUAGGCGUGUAGUGUUGAGCGGUAAAUAGUCAUUAUAAUAUUUGUAUGUUAAAUAUAAAUAUAAAAAAGUAUAAUAAAUAUUUA